AUGAGGACUUCAGGUAUCAUCAUCGCUGCUGCGGCCGCUGUUGCCAACGCUCACUACGACGACCCUGUUGUCUACGGCACCCCUUCUGCUCAGACAAGCACUCACGUUGGCUUCUCUACUGUCUACACUCACCCUGGCAACGCUACCAAGCCUACUGAGUACACCACCAGCACUGUUUACAGCACCAAGACAUACACCAUCACUCAGUGCCCUCCUACCGUUGUCAACUGCCCCGUUGGUCACGUCACCACCGAGACCAUCGCCGUUUCCACAACUGUCUGCCCUGUCACUGUCCACACUGAGCCUGCUCACCACGAGCCCAGCCAGCCUAAUGUGCCUGUCUACCCUCAUCCUACUGAGCCCAGCAAGCCUCACAAGCCUGAGCCUACUCACCCCGGUCAGGGUGUUAUCACCAAGACUCAGACCUACGCCUACCCUCACCCUACCAACCCUGGCCAGAGCGUGACCAAGACCAUCACUUACACCGUUCCCGUCGACCACGGCCACAAUGCCACUGCUGUCAACCCUCCUCCUAACACCCACUACCCAGUCCCUACUGGCGGUGCUCAUGUCUACCCUAACGGAACUGCCCCUGGCCACCCUGGUAACCACGGUGGAAACACUCCUCAGGGCGAGCAGAGCGGCAACGAUGAUGGCACUGACAGCGGCAACGAGGGUAGCCACAGCGAAGGCAGCCACACCGGCAGCAGCAGCGGCAGCAGCGGCUCAAACUCCGAGGAGGACCAUGAGCCUGCCAGCUCCGAUGUUCCCGUCCCUGUCCAGGCUUCCGGCGCCGCUAUGAACGCCGUCACUGGCCUCCUCGCCAUCGCUGGUUUCGCCGCUGCCUACCUCCUCUAA